UACCUUCUCUUUGAAUAUAAUCCUUUCCUGCAUGACAGGUGCACUAGUUGUACUUUUAUUUGACUUUUUAUGAAAUUAUUCAAAUUUUUGAAUGUUGCAGAUGUGUGUUUAAAGUGGAGGACACUCCCAUUCCAGUUGAAUUCUGUAGAAAAAGAAUAUCCUGACACAUGGGUCUGUGCUAUGAACCCUGAUGCAGAUCAAGACAAGUAAGUACUGAUAUACUGAUACCGUUGAUAUAGCAUCUGGAAAAUAUGAAGCUGUUUUAUGCUAAAUAUGCACAUAUUGUAUUCAUAAAUUGCUACCUUCGCUGCAGAUUUAAAGAACAACGUUUAUGUAAAAUAAAGUUGUGACUUAUUACAUAGUUUUUGUCAUUCCCGUGAAGUUUUCUAAAAAAUACUUUAUUUUUAUAUAUAUAUAUAUAUAUAUAUAUAUUAUAAAACCCGACAGUAUAUAUAUUAUACAUGCAUACAUUUAUAUAUAAAAAUAUCCAAGAGGCUGCACUCACCUGAACAUGCAUACAUGAAUGGGUGCUGCUAGGGCCAUUUUAUACAGCAUACAAGAUCCAGCGCACUCACUUAUUCACUAAACAGCAGUUUUAAGUUUUACAGAUUGUAAUAGUUUUAUUUAAAAACACCUCACCUAGGCAAAAAUAAUGGGGGUUUAGUUACAGUAUAUGAUCAUACAUUGCAUAAGCCUGCCACAACGUCAAUGUACCUCAUUCUUGUCAGGUCCUACUCUAGCAUCCCAAUGCCUGCCCUUAUGAGAUUAAUCCACAUAUUUCCUAAUGGGACUCUCUGCAAGUCAAGGUUAAAUAGGGCCCUUGAAUGAGGCACCUGUGACUGGGACGGUGCAAAAUUUAUAUAUAUUUAUAUUAUAUGGGGCAGGGCCUGACCUCCAAGUGAGCUAGACGUGUUAUGCCAGAGCUCUCGGAGCUGAAAUUAGGGCUAUAAUCCGGCAUGUGAUGCUGCCACGCAAAUCCUUCAGUGUACCUAAGGUCAGGGGAACCCAGGCAAGCUGUUUGAUAAUUCACCCAUGUGUUUCUCAUACCGAGAACCUGGGGUGGAGCUGAAGGAAGCCUUGUGCUUUGGGCUGGGGCCUGGACUUGUGGCACUCCUACCUCCUCUCUCACCCCCUCUCCCCUGACAAUGCAGCAACGAAUUUCAGCCACCAAAGUCAACCUCAACCCUCAGUCGGGAGACAGAAUGGUCCAGCAGCAGAUGGUGAAGGGGCCUACUCUGAGCAACACACAGUGUAUGAAAUCUGUUCGUCCCACUGUGCCCCCACCUAGGCUGAGAGCCACAAGGGGCUUGCUUGCCCUGCAUCGCCCACGGAGAUGCAAGAUUACCUGAGACAAGCAGCGAUUGGCAACUUAAUCCUCCGACCGCCCUCAACAAAGGGAGAAAUUAAGAAAAAUUCAGAUCUAUGGUGCAUCGAUGCCGGCCCUCUCUCAAGCCUGGGCCUGAAGGGGCUUCUGAACACAGAAUGCAGUUGCUGCUUGCAGUGUGGAUACGCAGGAACGAAGAGGAAUAGGCUGACAGGUCGAGGGACUGGUGCCUAAACCCUCAAGCCACUCAAAAGCAGGCAGCCAUUACCUUAAUUCAUGUUGAAGCCAAGCAACCAGUGUUUGGAGUUAUUUGUAUUUAUCUUGGUUAGUUAUUUAUUUUCCAUUCACCACUAAGCCACAUAAUAUUAUGAUGGCAUUGCUUUAUAACUUCUCCCUAAGCCUGAGGUACUAUGUGAUGCUAUCUCUCUUAUAUCGCAACAUUGUUUAUUAUCAUACAAAAAUGUGCAUGUUAUCAAAUGUCAUCCAUGAUUUAUUUUAAGAAAUAAGGUACACUUCCCCUUUAUCAAUGUUAGUUUUGUCCAACAUGGACAGCAGUGAUUGACUUAAGAGUACUGUGCUUUUCUGCUUUUAGCCCUCUUAGUCUAUCUUUUCCAUCCAGGUGUUGACAAAAUUGAAAUAGGUAAUGCAAAGUGUUCUGCAGUAUGAAUGCAAUCUAGGAGGGGGUGGUCUCUGAAUGUUGGGAGGAGCCUAGUUUAUUGUUAAACUGCCUCUAUACAGUAAGACAAAAUCUUCAAGGACUAUUGACAACAGCUACACUGACUUGUUUCGGUUAUGUUGCUCAUUGUGCCCAUUUAGUUUAUUCAGUAUUACAUGUGUAAGUCAGCCCUGUACUAAGUUUGUAUAAUACUGACAUAACUCCAUAUGAAUACUUGAGUUUAUUGUGACAACACCUGGUACUAGCUACAAUUGUGACAAACAGGUGAUAGUGCUACUUUUUUAACGACUUAUGAUCCAUCUUCUGCUCCACAACUAAAAUUGGAUUAUGAGGAAAAAAGGCAAUGCUCUUUAGUUUUUCCUUUAACAGACUUUACGUUUAUAUCUUGCAGGUGUGACGCUCCAGAGCAGAAGCAAAAAGUCCCUAUUGGUGUGCUGAAGAAAGACCUCUUAUCACAAGAAGAAAAGAAAAAGCAGCUAAGUGAGAAGAUCAAGCUACAGCAAGAGAAGUUAGAAGCUUUAGAGGUGAGGAGCAGAAUAAGCAGUGUUCAGGGUUAUUAAUAAAUCUUUCAGCAAUAUUUAUCAUUUGCAUGGUGCCAAUUGCUCUGAUUGUAUGCACAUUUUUUCUUUAUUAAAACCACAUGUGACACAAAAGGUAUUUCAGUAAAGUACAGAGGCUAGUACAGUAAUAAUGGGAUAUUGAUAAGCUGUGGGUUACAGGCUUUUGUACCAAUAAUUUUGCCAUGUGGCACAGACAUUGACACUAUUAUUCAACAGAAAUGUACAGCUAUAGGAGUGUGUGCUUCCCCCUUCUUGCAGCUAAUAAGUAAAUUCAGAAACCGUAAUAGGAACUGAUGUCACUGACAGGUCACUGUAGGUGAACUAGUUUAGUUAAAGUUUUUAAAAUGUUGUGUUUUGUUUAAAUAAAAGAUAAUUCUGAAAUUUGUUUGUGUUAACCAGCAGAGAAUUAUAGUACAUGUUUGAUUUACAGAAAGUGGUACCUGUGCGUUCUAGUGCAGAUAUAAAGAAGCUUCCUUUAGAGGUUAGCACACGUGGAGCACAGGUGAGACACAAAUUAAUUUAUUAUACUUUCUUUUCCCUUCAUUUCAUUUGUUGUUUUUAUAAUAAUUUCUUUCACAUCCAUCAGGCCUCUUUGUCAGACAGUCGGCCACCUAGACCAAGGUCACCUCCACUGCCUGCUGUUCUGAAGCAAGUUGUAAAGCCUGUACCACCACGUACAAGCUUACCAAAAACUCAGCCGACACGAGUAGUGUCAAGCAACCGUCAGUUGGCUAGUGUGUCCAAAGCCCAGCCUCAAACCAUCACUCCUGCCAGACCAAGCAUAUCUCCCAAGAUUGCCAGUCGAACGCUGAACACUCUGAAAUCGUCACCUGCUCCUAGUCCUCCUUCACAACCAGCAAGACUUGCCAGACCGAGUCCAUCUCCAUCACUAAACCUGAAAAGCAAAGACACAAAAACAGUGUUACCAAAAAGGCCAGUUCCAAGCAAGACUCCUCCGGUAUGAAAGUUGAUAGAAUUCCUACUUUGUCAUAUAAGUCGGAAAAAAACUCUAUUAAGUCUAUUAACUUCAGUCUUUCACAUAUAUCUGUUACAAAUGUUGAUCCAAACGAAAGCAAAAAUCCUAGUUUGAAGUCAUUCAGAUUUUUUUACACAAAAUCGAAGAAAAUUCUUGACUCUGCAAUGGAUCCACUUAGUUAGUACUAUUUAGGAUUUAAGUUGCUUGUGCAUUGCUUACCCUAAAAUGCCUUACUUUGUAUUUAUCUACUAAAGUUUACUUUGUACGUAGUCAAACCGUUUUAGUUCUAUACAUACUAUAUUUGUCUUGACAAUUUCCCCUUUUAAGAAACACUUUAGUGCCCUGAAGUGUGCUUACUUUAUAAAAGUGGACACUUUUAUAACCCUGCCCUAGGCAGCUCAUUUGCAUUGAACACUUGCAUCACUUGUGAUGUGGUUUUCAAUCUUAGAAAAAAAUGUGUGGGUUUUUAAAAUAAUAUUUUUUUUUAAUUUUUAUUUUUUUUUAACAUUUACAAACUACUUUUUAAGCCAGUGUGUUAGCCAAGAACAACAAUUUUCACCUAACCUAAAUAGUUUGUUUGUACAGUAACCUUUUGUGUGGGACUGUAUUAAAUCUCUCUGCAAAAUCAAAGUAGAUCGCAUCCAAUGCAACACGAUAAUUUAUGUGCCUGCUGACUUCAUAAAAUGUAAUUUAUGAAAUUAUUUGGGCCCCAAUGUAACUCUUACUCUGGAUGUGAUUAUUCUACCUGUUCAAAUCUCUUUAGUUAUCUAUUUUUUAAGAAACACUCCAGGCACCAUAACCGUUACUCGCUGUAAUAGUUAUGGUGGAAGUAAUGCCCUGGCACCGUCUGCCUAUUGUAAGUAGUCAAGCUGUUUUAGAUCAGUUUGGCAUCUUUACUGGAGUCCGCUGGGCAUCGCUCUCUUCCUCCACUAAUGGAGCUCUCGUUGGCUCUCCUGAACUGAAGUUCUGCAGUGCAGGUCUGACUUAUUGACUGCACAGCCUAUUUUAGACAGAGUUUUCAGAUGUGUAGGCAGGGAGCGGCACCCGACUGACUUCAGGAGGUAGCCAAACCGUUCUAAAAUGGAUUGCAUAUAAUGGUGGACAUGUGGCACCAUAAGCACUGCAGCGCUCUAUAGUGGAUAUAGUACUUGGAGUGUUUAUUUAAAAUCAUACAUUUUUUUGCAGCUUUCUACAAACACUUGUCUACCAAUUUUCACAAAACUGUUGUACUGAUCGAAAGGUAAGCUGUGUAGCUCUGCCAGUGAGACAUCAGUGUGAGCUAAGCUGCUGAUUUGACUCUGCUGCUCAGCCAAUCACUAUCCUCAAAUUAUCUUAAGACAAAUUAGCAGGUAAAUGGAAAAAUUAACUAAUAUAUAUAUAUAUAUCAAAAAUUAACUAAUAUAUAUCUAUCUAUCUAUAUAUAUAUAUAUCAAUGGCUUGGAUAGUAACUUUUCCAUUUUGUUUUGAAGAUAUGGUAUCUUAAUGAUAGCCUCCUCAAAUGUACAUAAUUACUGCCGACAUCCCUACAUAUUGCCAUCAGUCACACAAAAUGGCAAGGAACCACCUCUUUCUCCCUAUAUACCUUCCCUCUCAUACAGUAAUCUCACCAACAUGUAGCCAACUUUCUCCCUAGCACAUGCUUUUAGUAGUGGCCACAUAUAUUUUGCCAAUAUUCUCCGAACGCCAUCACUAGUUUAAACAUAAUUGAUUGUUUUGUCCAGUAUACAUCACAUAUGAUUAAUCAAAUGUUUUUAAUGAUAAAUGAUUAUCACAUAAUAUACAUUCUCAGUUGAAGUAUUAAUGAAGAUAGAUAUUGUACUUUUGAGCAUUUAAAUGUACGUGAAACACAUCUUCUGUGCCCAUAUGGGUGGAGGGACUUAAAACAGGGGUGAUUUUAAUUCUUCUUAAAUGUAUUUUCUUUUUUUUUUUUUUAAUACAGGUGAGCAAUGUUAAAAAAAGAAGCUCACAACAGAUGGUCAUUGAAGAAGAUGAUGAUGAUGAAGAAGAAGAAGAGCCAGUUGUAAUUCAGAAACCUGAAAAAGCAAAACGUUCUAAAGUGAUGGACAUAAAACAAGAGAAGAAAGAUUCCAAUGAGGUAGAGAAGAAUUUGCACAUUUUUAAAGAUACACUGCCUAGGGUUCCAGUUGUCAGGAGGAUCACUUUCUGAAAAACAUGAAUAAACUUCGGUCUUUGGUUACUUAGACAGGUAUAAUCCUUCAGCUGUACGUUAAGGAAAACCGUAAAAGGAACUCUCCAUUUUCAAAACAACUUAAUCUCAAGUAGUUAAAGGAAAUUGAGUACCUUGUUGACCUCUUAGCUAACUGUCUUUGAACAGUUUUAUGUCGAAGUUGUGUCCCCUGUACGGACUGAUACUCUCAAUGGACAGCCAGAGAUAGACUUAGGUUUGCUAUAAUCAAGAGUAAUGCACAUAUAGAUAAAGAAGGAGGAUUCCCAUUAGGAUGCUUCAGAAAGGAAAGGCAAAUCUCCAAGCCACAUACAGGUAUGUAAAAAAGCAUAGGCACACCCAUCUGUUUCCUCAAAAGAAAGUCUUUAUAACAGGAACAGGUUACAGCAAAGUUUCUGCUAUCAGUAUAGAGCCGUUGUUAAGGUAAAACUGUACCCAGGGACUUCAUCCUCCCAUUACAACUUUAUUAAUAUUAGGUUGUUUUGGGGUGGAGCUUCCCUUUUAGUUUUUAUUUAGAAAAUUCAGCUUAAAUGGAUCACAGCAGGAUGACAAUAAUAGCGGUUAAUUAGUUGCUCAACAAUUAUUUUCAAGUGGGCUAUGAUCUAAAUAUGAAUAUUCUUGUAGAAUGUUCAUACAAAAAAUAAGCCCCUCAACACACAAUCUGUGAAGUCACAAAAAAGUAAAUAAAUAAGUCACACGUUUUAAUCUAAUUAGACAGGGCUUGACAUUAUAAGCUCUACACUACUAACCAGGUCUUAAAUGUUACUUAACACUGCAAGCCUGCAUGGAUCAUGGUGAAUUUGAACUCACCAGCACUAAAUGUCACGUCAAUCGCUAGUGGUCAAUGGAGAUUUUAAGCCCUGAUUUAUCAAUAUAUAACAAUAUAAUGUGGGUUGUCAUGGUAAGGCAUACUAUUUAGACUACCAUAAGGGAAGCUGUUAUAAGUGACAUCCUUAGAGAAGUGAUUGUGUUGUUAAAUUGAUUUACAGUGAUUAAAAUGUAGAUUUCUCUUUGCAGCCUUCCAGUGCACCUGUUGAGGUGGAGAGCAGCCCUAAGGAAGAUGUUGUUGUUAUAACUAAAGAUGCCCUAAAAGGUAAGUUAGAUAAAUCUAAAGAGUUCUAACACAACUCUUAAAAAUUACAUUUAAAAACCUCACCAGUGAACAAAUACAAAAAUCAUUAUUUCAGCUUAGAUACAGUCAUUUGCCCAAAUCUAUAAUACAAUCAGUAGAAUAGAUAAUCUACUUAGAAGUCUCACUGUUAAAGUUUUAUUUUUAGUAACACGCAUUACUGACAAGGACAUAUCUAAUAUAUAAUGAUAUAGAUAAAUUCCUAUAGAAAUUCCUUUUCAGAGUAUUGGAAGACUCUAGUCACAUGCUUCUGCAUGGAGUUAAUCUCCAGGCACCAUAACCUUUUAUAGAAAAAGCUGACACAUGAUUAGUUCUUUGAAUUAUUCCACAUGUGAUUGCUUGGAUUAUUGCACAUAUGUUAAGAACUGACCAUAUAUAAUAGAUCUAGGAAACUAGUUUAAGUAUUCGGUUUCUUGAUAGUACACACAUAUAUGGUUCAACUGCUAUUUAAAUAAGUGCCAACAUUCAUACAAACACAUGAGGCAAUGUAAGCAUAAUGCAUUACAUUUUACAGCAUGCAGGGCAGAUUACAAGGAUGGUUGAAGGAAAGGAAGGAGUACAUUGGUUUUCAAUCACUAACAGUGUAUGUUCUCUUUGAAAUAUUUUAUCAUAAAAGAUGUAUAACUUAAAAUUACUCUACCAGAUUGUAAUAUUAGAGUAGAACAAUAGAUAUGUAUAUACUUUGUAACUCGAGUUCUUCAUUCUGUAGAUAAAGGUUUGCAUGUGGAGGUGCGUGUUAACAAGGAGUGGUUCACAGGACGGGUGACUGCUGUAGAAGCAGGCAAACAGGGAGUUCGCUGGAAGGUGAAGUUUGACUAUGUACCUACAGACACCACUCCACGUGAUCGAUGGUAAUGUAUCCAAAAAAAAUAAGUAGUGAAGUGUAUGUGUGCUCCAAGGGUCAUGUUAAAUAGCUUAAUUAAGCAUAGUGUACAUGUCCAAUGAAAGUUAUAGUAAUUUGUGUGUCUGCAAAUAUUGAUGUUGUAGACUACUGUUUUGGUCCCAGAUGAUAGAUAAUACUCACCCUCACCUGAGGUGAGAGGGAGUUAUUGUGGUUGGAGGCUUACACUGAUAACUUCUUAUUUAUUAUGUCUGCCCCAACUACCUCUUUACCUAAUAUAAUGGCAGUCUUUGUGGAAAUUGCCCCUCCCUCUAACUUGAAAACAAAUUCUGCAAAGUUAAAUGUGCUGAAUGAUUCCCUGCCAAGGGGAGCAGGUGCUCCUGGCCCGUCAGAACUUCCCCUUUCAAUGAUCUGAGGUAAAGAUUAAAUACCUUGGAAUCUGGUUUGCUUAUAAUUGUGCUUGUAUUUUUAUAUCUCUCAAAAGGGAUCUCUAGAAAUGGUCAUAUCCACAUAUUUCUUGGUAAGAGAGUACCCAGGUAAUUUAAAUGAACCUCUUGCCUUGUCAGUUGUACCUUUUUAAGAUGAUUCCAAUCAUAAUAACCCAUCCUUUUUUUGUUUUUUUUUUUGUUACUUGUUUAUAAAAUAAAUCUGACAAAUAAGGAGGUCUCCACAGAAAUUCUCACCAUUGAUUCUAACUAGAAUUCUAGGUGGUUUAGCUGUUCCUGAUGUAAAAAAGUAUUUCUUGGUUAGUUACGUAUGGUGGAGUGCGUGAAAAGUGAUUUACUCACAAUGGUAAAUGAUUGAGAACACUCUGGUCAGUGUUCCUGUCUCGAUUCUUUUGUGGCUACCACACGCUCAAGGCAGAGAUCUGGAGGACCCACAACCAUAUGUUUGGGCCACUUUGCAAAUUUGGCAUGCCAGUGCCAAGAUAUAUGAACUUUCCUCCUUCCUGUCCCCCUUUCUGCUCUUAAUUUAUAUUCUGGAUAUCCCUCCUGGUCUGAACCCCAAGGCACUAUGGCCACUGAUGGAAGUUGCUAUUACCAAGGUCUCACAUUGUGAUUACUAUUAUAGGUUUGGAACACCUUGGCUUGCUGUGUACGGGGAGGGCACACCCUAUCUGCAGCAAUAUUAAUAUCUGCAGUUACAGAACUACAUUUCAAGAAUUCCACCUCAGCGCUUACAUUGUUGGAAAUUCACUAAAUUUGAAUUGACAUGCAGUGGUCCCUCUCCUCUUGACCACGUGGUCUCCUACAUGUUACUUCAAGCACAGCUAACUACACCUACACCCUCCUUUGUGGGUAAAUGGGAAAUGUUCACUGGUGAGGCUUACACUGAGGCCCAAUAUAAAAAGAUUAGUGGCUUUACACAAUAUUUAAUCUUUGGGAGGACUCCGGAAUCUGCCUACACAUUGCUAUCCUUGUGGUAUGGCACCCCUCAUUUCCUACACUCAAUAUAGGCUACCCGAGACUGCCAUUGCUGGCACGCUUCAUAUCUGGUGGAACUGUCCAAUCUUACGCCACAUCUGGGAUAAUAUAAUAAUAUCAUAAGUUCUCUGACUGUUCUUCCCAUGCACCUCCACCAUACUAUUAUUUCCAUUUUCCACUAUUAAGAACUUGCUAGUCGUCCAUAAUUUGAAUAUUGCCAAACAAUUUCAUCCCCUUUUAUGGAAGCAACAAAUAAGUCCUCCACUGAGCUUGUGGUUUACCCAAAUGGAGGAUCCCCACUCAACUGAGAAACUGUUAUUUUGCACCUUGAUUAUAAAUCCGAAGUACACGACAGUAUGGGACCACUGGCUUGUUAGUGUUUCCAUUGAUAGACUGUAGCUUCUACUGAAUUAUUUUAACUGCCAAAAGGAAAAGUUUAUAGACCUGUUGGUUGUGAAUUGGCUGAGACACAUCUAAACAAACUCUGUGCCAUCUUUCCCCUCCCUUUCCCUUAAUAACAUCCUGAUUUUGUUUUCCUAUUUAUUUAUUUUUAAUUUUUUUUCUACAAAUAUCCAGUUAAGGUUUCUGUUACCUGUUCCCCUCUAGAUGAGCCCCCCCACACCCCCCCAGUUCUCUGUAUAUCAAUGUAUUUGAAGUGUUUUUUAAAUCUGUCUUCUACACUGCUAACUCGCUAAUUGUUCUGUGAGUCCCUACUGUGUGUUCUAUUUUCUGAGUCUUUGAAUUACUAUAAAUAAAGAUAUAUUCCCCCUCCCCCCCCUCAAAAAAAAAUAUACACAGUAUAAUGCUGUGCUGAGAAAAUAAGAAUAAAAGCUAUUUUGAUAGCUGAUUUGACAGCAGAUUAAGCUAUUUGUCUGAACUACAGUAACAUUGACAGAUACUCUGUUUGACUGUAUUAUGACAUAUGGUUAAGCGCAUGUUAAUUUACCUUUACUUUGAACAAAACUUAGUGCUAUGCAGAGGCCAAUUAAAGUGACUUGCAAUGGUUUGUGUUUUGUCAGGGUGGAGAAGGGCUGCGAAGAUGUAAGACUCAUGAGACCGCCUUCACCGGAGUACCAGGCACCAGACACUCAACAAUCUGAGCCAUCCACCUCUGACACUGCCAGGAUAGAGCCAGAUACCACAGAACCUAGCACCAGUCCCACAACACAAGAGCUACUUGUACAAACUCUCAGGUUAGUCCAACAGAUGAAUUUAAUUGGCUGCUAUAUGAAGUUUUUUUUUCUUGAAAUAAGUCUUAAUCAUAAUUGCUUACAUUUUUUAUUUCUUAAUAAAACAUGUUAUGGGACUUGCCUUGCGGAUAUGUAUUUAGAAAGUGCUUUACCAAGAAGAAUACUUUUUUCUUCUUGUUGUUUUCAGAUAUGUCUUCAAACAAUACAGUUAAAGUGUCACCAUAAAUACCUUAUACACUACAGUGCACUGUAGUGGUUAUGCCCUCCAUUGUAAGCAAUAAGACCAUUUUAGUUGCUUCUCAGCUUCACCACAGCUUUCAGAGAGCUGGAAGCUCGAGCAUAUAGGGGCUUUCCUUAGCACUCCUGAUCUAAACCGAGCUUAUCUUUGACAGAUGGCUUUUUGGCUCUAAUGUACCUGUUAUGGAGACUGGGAGCGAUGCCCGGUGGACCCCCUGUAAGAAGUUUAACCAUUCUACCGUUUCACCAUUUAGAAUGGGUAGGGGUGCCAGGGCACUUCUGGCAUCAUAGCCACUAUAGCGUGCUGCAGUGGUUAUGGCACGUGGAGUAUUCCUUUGAGGAAUGGCUUGACAAAUUACAUAGAUUCUUGUAGAUGUAGCCUUGCUUUCCUCUUUGCUAAGCAGGGCUGCUCUCAUUUAAAUUCAUUGAGGGUAUUGGGCUGUUAAGUUGUCAAACCAUUCGGAUACUGUUUGAUAAAUUACACAGACAAAACUUGUCCAAUAUAUCAGAAGGCAUAUGGGACCAGAAAAAGAGGUCUCUCAAAAGAAUAUAAAAAAAUGUUAUUGCUAUAUACUCAAUAAAUGAAAAAGAGAGAUUUUAAAAGCCAAUUGGCUAAAUGCUAGAUAGGGGGAAAGAAAAAAGGGAACCAAGUGCAAAUUAUAUAAAGGUACUCCUAAAGUAAGACAACUGAUUAACAACUAAAAAGUUAUUUCACAAAACUUAAGGUUACCAUUAAGGCCAAAAUAGUUAAUGUCUGAAAGGUCAAAUCAAUUCAACUAAAUUUGGGAGACAGCUCUUCUGGUAAUAUCCAGAUAGAAAUAACUACAAAGACGAAUGCACAGCUCAAAUAAUAUGUACAGCUAUGAUACAAAGUUGCUGAGUGUUACUAUACAGAAUACCAAUCAUAUGCAAUUAUAAACAAGGUAAGGAAGUCCAAGGAUAAUUGUGUCUUAGAUGAUCCCAAUCCUAUUAACUAGAUAUAUUUGUACCGAUGAAACCAUGUAUUUUAACCAGUAAAUAUAGAAGGAUUGGCAUGCAUGUAUGCAACAGACCCAGGACCCACACAAACUCCCCCUAUCCGCAAAAACAACGUGAACGUUUACAUAAUGUGCUCAAAAAAAAUGAGAAUGCAAACUAGUUACAGGUGGAUAAUAGCAAAUAGAGGGAAGAUGAUCAGAACUGAAGGAGCUCAAGUAUCAGAAGGCCAAAUAGGAGGUGUAGAAAGCAGCUACAAGUACCUGAAGUCCCAUCUUAGUGGCAAUUACAAGAUCCAAGCCAUCAACACAUAUGCCCAACAGUCAUCAGGUACCCAGCUGGAAUAAUAACCUGGCCAAGAGAAGAGUUUGUCACCAUGGAUGUCAAAACCUGAAAACUACUCCCUAUGAAUGGAGAAUUCCACCCAAAAUUCCGCACUCAAAAGGCUGUACAACAGCCAGAAGGAAGGAGGUCAGGGCCCGAUGAGUGUCAAGGCCAUAGUACUGGAUGAAAGAGUAUUCACAAGUACAUCACAAAGAUGGCACCCAAAGAUGAACUGCUAAGGUAAUGCCAACAACAGAUAGAGGAUGCAGAAAAAAGAGGUUCGUGGCAAGACAAACAUCUCCUCUGCACCAGAUCAAUAGAAAUAGGGGUCUACCACACGAGGCAAGACCCAAGGUGCAGACUGUGCAAACAAGUCUUUGAGACAACCCAGCAGAUAGUAGCCGGGUGCAAGAUGUUAGCAGGGAUAGCUUACACUGAGAAGCACAAACAAGUUGCUGGGAUUGUGUCCUGAAAUAUCUAAUAACUCCAGAUGGGAGAUACCACAAAGGGUAGUUGAGAAUGACCGUGUUUAGUUCAAGUGGGACUUUCAGAUCCCGACAGGCAAGCAAAUACUGGCUAACCAACCUGAUAUUGUGGUGGUAUGCAAGAAACUGAAUAUUGUGGAUGUGGCAAUAGUCAGUGACCAUAACAUCAGGAAGAGAGAACCUGAAAAGGUAGACAAAUAUCAAGGACUGAAAGAGGAUGUGGAAAGUGAAAUGUGUCAUUGCCUCAGCUGUGAUCAGAGAACACAGGGUUGUUUCCCCCAAGUUGGGGAAGUGGCUUCAACAGAUUUCAGGUGUUCCAGUUCUAGGAACAGCUAAGGUACUGCACAGAACCCUCAUUCUAUGAGGCCUCUGGUAAAGGAACCGAGUGAGGAAUACACAAAAAUAAUAUAUACCACCCAGGAGGGGGAAAUAAAAUCUUUUUUUUUAGAUUGAUAGAUAUAGCCGAGUAGAAAUUUACUUCUGGCUAUGCUAUGCUAUGCAAAGUCCAAAUGGUGGCACUACAUUUUCUGUGUGGUGCUCAAGCACUGGCUUACAAUAAACGUCUGAAAUCAUCUUUCUGCAUGAUCUUAGACACAGUUGUUAUAGAUCAGAAAUACACAAAAUGUUUGUGUCAAAUGAUUACUCUAGUUCCACAGAUCUUGUUAAAUAAGUAUUGAUAAUGAAGAAGAUGCAAGUUUGUUGUUGAUAUUGACUAUAUGUUAACCCUUUUAUAUCAGAAGUAGGAGCUGCAGCAAAACUGAAAUGUUGCAUCAGAGUUAAGUUUACUUGAUUCUAAAAGGCACCAGGAAUUCUCUAACAUUAUAAAAAAAAAAAAGUAAUGUUUCUUUAAUCUGUUCUUUGCUUAAAACAUUUUUUUUUUCUGUGUUGUGCAUUUUUAACAUUUCCUUUUGUAUGAAUAUUUUUCUUUUUCAACAGAAAUUGCUUGAGGUAUUUCUUGCCUCCAAAUUUUCCCAUUUCCAAGACAGAACUGAGCACUAUGAAUGCAGAGGAUCUCAUAGCAUUUCCAUUGGUAAGUGUGAGGAUGAGUUUGUUCAGUAAGUGGAACUAGGAAUUCAGAGUAGCUGUAUAGAUGUGCAUAAUCUGUCAUUGUAAUUAAUGUAUAAAAGAUAGUAUGACCUUAUUCAUACAAUGUCAGAUUCCUGGUAUUGGACCACACACACUCAAUAUGUAUGUUUGUUUUCUGAAGUAGAUAUGUCUAGCAGUUCUGUUGUGUUGGUUUUUUUUUCCCUUUCAGUUUUUAUUAACUUAUGUCCCUUUCCCCUUAUGACCCAUAGAUAUGUUUUGUAGUGGGUACUGGUAUUCUUAAAGAGCAUACCUGGUAUGUGUUGUCUCUGUCAAUUGCUCCUCAUCUUCAUAGUGCUCACAGGCCUGGAGCUCUAUGCAGGAAAGGAGAGAGUCGACAGAAGUAAUGUCACUUCCCACCACUGGAACUGCCUCUUUCUCUCACCGAGCGCACUGCAUGGGGGAGACUUAGCAAGAAGAGCAGUACUGCGAGCCAAGUUUCACUGAGAAGUAUGAAGGUCUCGUACAGUGAGAUAGAUUGCAGGGGCACCUUAUUGCUGGAAUGUGUGUUUCUAAAUAUGACUUUAUGGCAGGUGAGGUCUCUGAUCUCCCCAGCCAGAGCAUGGCUGUUCAUUCAGACCCCUGACUGCCUCGGACUUUCAGUUCAUUACCGAUCUGCCUGUGUGGUUAGUCCGCCCUUGCUUCCAGUCUAAAUGGGUGACCUCAUGUCCUAUGCAUAGUCCUGUUUAUGAUUGGAUUUUCAGACAACGGUUUGUCUUGGCACCAAAUAUUAGUAUAACACUGUUGUAUCCACUCUGAGACACUAUUUUUGUAAACUAAACAGAUUUAAAUGUGUUGGUCUUUCUUCAUUACUAGACUCUUCAUUCCUCUUGUUAAUUUGUAGCCUGCCUCUGCACAUUUUCUAGUGCCAUGAGUACAGGUUUCCAAAAUUGCACAGCAUAUUCAAGGUGUGGUCUUACCAUUGAUUUAUAGAGGCAAAAUUAUAUUUUUAUCUCAAGAAUUAGUGCCCCUCUUUAAGCAUGGCAAUACCUUAUUGCAACUACUGAUUGACAUUCCAUUGUUGCCUAGUUUGUAGUUUAUAAUAAUUCCCAACUCCUCCUUAAAGGGACACUAUAGUCACCUGAACAACUUUAGCUUAAUGAAGCAGUUUUGGUGUAUAGAACAUGCCCCUGCAGCCUCACUGCUCAAUCCUCUGCCAUUUAGGAGUUGAAUCCCUAGACCCUGCAAGAGCCUCCUGUAUGUGAUUAAAGUUCAAUUUAGAGAUUGAGAUACAAUUAUUUAAGGUAAAUUACAUCUGUUUGAAAGUGAAACCAUUUUUUUUUUUUCCAUGCAGGCUCUGUCAAUCAUAGCCAGGGGAGGUGUGGCUAGGGCUGCAUAAACAGAAACAAAGUGAUUUAACUCCUAAAUGACAGUGAAUUGAGCACUGAAAUUGCAGGGGAAUGAUCUAUACACUAAAACUGCUUUAUUUAGCUAAAGUAAUUUAGGUGACUAUAGUGUUCUUUUAAGUGUUGCUAUUCUUAAUUCAUUACCAAUUAGUUUGUAAGUUGCUUGUGCAUUCUUUACCCCAAAGUGCAUAACUUUGCAUUUAUCUAUGUGAAAAUUCAACUGCCAUUCGAGUGCCCAGUCUCCUCAUCAAUCUAAAUCCCUCUUCUGCUAUGUAUAAUACUGCUCACAUUGUAUUACCUUAUCACGCUUUGUGUUGUCUGCAAACACUGAUACAUGACUUUAAUAGCCUUUAUCAAGAUAAUUAUCAAGAUAAUUUGUAAAUAGAUUGAAUAGAAGAGGUCCCAGAACAGACCUCUGAUGAACACCACUUACCACUUUUGUCUAGCUUGAAAAUUUACCAUCAAUGACGACUCUCUGUACUCUAACUUUAAGCCAAUGUUCUACCCAAGAACAAGAAUUUUCAUCCUAGACCUAUUUUUCUUAGUUUGAACACUAACCUAUUGUGUGAAACCACAUCAAACACCUUGACAAAAUCCAAUGCACAUCCACUGCAACACCCUGAUCUAUACUUUGACUUACUUCUUUGUAGAAUGCAAUUAAGUUAGUUUGACAUGAUCUGCAUUUCAUAAAAUUAUACUAAUGACAUUGUUCUUCCCAAUUAUUUUUUUUAAUACUAUCCCUUAAUAACCCUUUUUUUUACCAGCCACAGAAGUUCACAGGUCUAUAAUUUCCAGGCAAAGAUUUUUUUUUUCCAAUUGAAUUUUUAUUAGGCAUUUUCGUGUUAUGGGUACAGAAAGGAAAAAAGGGGGCGGGGGAAUCGAUGUACAUGUUCUUACAUUCUGUUAUGUUACAACCAAGAUUCCUGCGGGGGGGGUUACAACAUAUCAGGGUAAAGCAUCGGCCCUUGCGGCACAGCGUUUAAUUGAACAAUCACAUUACACCUCCCUCCUUUGUUGCUAGUAUUGUCAUACUCUCUGUUGCCCCUGGUUUGUGCGUAUGUCUGGUUUCUCCCCGUGAUUUGUGGCCGUGAUUCUUUGUUGGCUCUCGUCCCUUUUUUUUCUUUUCUUUUUUUCGCUUCUUCCCCUCUCCUCCUCACUCUCCCUCCCUGUAUCCCGCCUCUUUGCCCGGCUGUUCUAUAUCCACUUCAUGUGGUUCUCGUCACCUCUUCCUAUCUGUCUCUGGCUUGUUUUGCUUGAGCAGAUGCUCCAAAUUUGGCGUUUAGUUUGGUUUCGUACAUUAAAUUGGUAGAGAUUUGGAUCAGUAAUGCAGCUUUUUCUGGUCUCGUGGUUUGUUUCCAGGCCCUUGCAAUCAGUGUGUUUGCGGCUAUUAGGAUAUGGAAGAGUAGUAUCGCUUGUGGUCUGUUGUAUGUCUCUAGAGUCAUAAACAGACCACAUUCUGGCUGGAGGGGCGUCUGUGUGCCAAGUGUGCGUCAAAUAAUGUCUCCUACUUCUCUCCAGUAUGGUUGUAUUUGGUUACAUGUCCACCAUAUGUGGUACAUGCUGCCUUCCUCCAACCCGCACCUCCAGCACAAUUUUGACGUAUGUGGAUACAUGGUCGCUAGUCUCGUCGGCACCAUGUACCACCUGUACUGCAGUUUCCUCAUGAGCUCUAAGUGUGCUGCGCAUCUAGAUCUCCCUUUGUGGGCGAUAAAGGCUUUUUGCCAUUGGCUGUCAGUGAAUUGUUUAUGUAGGUCCUCAUGCCAGUGCUCCUUGAAUUUGUCUUUUGGUGGUGUUUUAGGGUUGUCGUUUAGUGUGGCGUAGAGUAGAGAGAGUGUCUUUUUUGGUAUGUUGCCCGUGGUGCAUAUGUGAUAUAAUUGUUUUAAGGGUGUGGGUGUUGUUGUUGUGGUCUCAUUCUCCAGAAGUCCUUUUAUUUGGAGGUAUGUGAACAGAGUGGCAUUUGGCAAGUGGUAUUUGUGUUUCAGAGUGGGAUAUGGUUCUAGUUUACCUUCCUUGUAGAGGUGUUCUAUUCGUGUGCACCCUCGUUGGGUCCAGGGGCGGUGGUCUAAAGUGGGGUUUGCGAUGUGCAAGCUCUGUAUCGGGGUCGCCAUCACCCAGCUUUUGGUUUGCCCUAGGAGUUUUGUCUUAGAGUCCCAUGUGUCUAGGAGUAAAGAGGUAGUUGGUAGUAAAUCUUUGUGUUUGGGUCUCAACUUGUGGGGUACCCAGAAUACGUAUUUUAUGCCCCCUGAGUAUAUCCCUGCAGCCUCCAUCUCUGCCCAUUGAGGCUUGUUUCCCCCUGUGUGUAGAGUGAGACUAGUGGACAGGAGGGCGGCUUCAUAAUAUAGAUGGACGGCUGGCAGGCCCAGGCCCCCUAGGGAGGUGGGUUUGCUCAGGAUUGCUGACGCCACUCUUAUUUUCUUGUGUGCCCAUACAAAUGAUGUGUAUAUGCGUUGCAGCUUGGUUAGGUAUUUGUUUGGGAGGAAAAUCUGCAGUGUUCUGAUGAGGUAUUGGAACUUGGGGAGUAAGACCAUUUUCAGGGCAGUCAUCCUACCUACCCAAGACAGAAAUGUGUGUUCCCAACUUUUCAGUGUUUCUUCGCUUUUCUUCAGGAGUUUGCCAUAAUUAAGUUGCAACAGUUGGUGAGGGUGUUUUGGCAGUUUUAGUCCUAAAAAAGUGAUGUAAUCCCCCCUCCAGUCGAAUUGAAAGUUGUCUUUUAGUUUGUCUAGCGAGGCUUGAGUCAUCCCUAUCCCCAUGGCCUGUGUCUUGGUAACGUUCAAUGUAUAGUAAGAUUGAUCCCCAUACUCCUUUAUUUCAGCAUGAAUGUUUGGUAGUGAGAUGUGUGGCUGUGUGAUUGUCAGCAUAAUGUCAUCUGCAAACAGUCCUGCUUUGUAUUCCUUCUUCCCCACUUGUAUCCCGUGUAUGUUGCCAUUUUCUCUGAAUUGUGUGGCUAGUGGUUCUAGGGCUAGGAUAUACAGUAGUGGCGAUAGGGGGCAUCCUUGUCUUGUUCCGUUGGUGAGCCGAAACGGCUCCGACAGGAACCCCGAGUUCAGCACUCGUGCCUCGGGCGAGCUGUAUAAUGCGUCUACUACUGCUUCAAAUUCGUCCGGUAUUCCGAACUUGCGUAAAACUGCUUUUAGGAACCCCCAGUGUAGCCUGUCAAAGGCCUUUUCGGCGUCUAGAGAGAGGAACAAUCCCCCCUCUUUUUGUGUCUAUAGUUUGUAUAGCAGGUUUAUGGCCUUCCUUGUGUUGUCUGACCCUUGUCUCCCUUUUACAAAUCCCACCUGGUCGUUGUGAAUGAUGUGUGGUAUGAUUAGUCCCAGUCUCGUAGCAUAUAGUUUGGCAAAGAGCUUCGCGUCUGUGUUUAGGAGUGAAAUAGGCCGAAAUUUUUUCGGCGUCGUGGGUGGUUUGUUGGGCUUUGGCAACGUAACUAUGUGUGCUAACAGCAUCUCUUUUGGAAGGGAUUUCUGGGCUGUAGCGUAGUUGAAAGUCGUUGUUAGGUGGGGUGCUAAUACGUGGCUGAGCUUCUUGUAAUAUAAGUUUGUCAGGCCAUCUGGGCCUGGUGAUUUUCCCGUCGGCAGUGUUUGGAUGAUUUUAAGCAUCUCCUGUAUUUCUAUGGGUUUGGUUAAGUCUGUCUGCUGUUGUGGCAGGGCUAGUUUGUCUAAAUAGGCUUUUAUGCUGGUGUCCGUGGGUUGCGUCGUGUUCGAGUCUCCUUUCAGGUUGUAUAGGGUGUGGUAGUAUUUGGCGAAUGUUUCACUGAUUUCUCUAGGUGUGGCGUGUUUCUGGCCUUUGUUGUCUAGGAUGUAGGCUAUUUUUUGAUUGGCUUGUUUUUGCUUCAGUUGAUUGUCUAGUAGUUUGCUCGCUUUGUUGCCCUGCAUGUAAUGUGAUAUUUUAAGUCUUGUCAUGUUGGUUUGCGUUUGAUCUAGUGCCUGCUGGUGUAUGAGCCUAGUGAUGGUCAUGAUGCGAUGUCUGUUUUCUGCCGUUGGUUGUAGUUGGUUACUCCUAUUUAAGUCAUAUAGCUCUCGUUGCCAUGUUUUUAGUGUGGUCUGCGCCUGUUUUUUUAUGUGUGCCGCCUUUCUAAUUAGCAGCCCUCGUAUGAUUGCUUUGUGUGCCUGCCAGAUAGUGGUCGGUGACACUUCUCCGUUGUCGUUCUGUGUAAAGUAUAAAGUGAGGUCAUCUGCAAGUUCUUUCGUGUAUUCGUUAUUUUGGAGCAACGUGUUAUUUAGCUUCCAGGGGCUACGGUGUUUGAAGUCGUAUGAGUUUUUCAUGUCGAGGAGCACAGGUGCAUGGUCGGACCAUGUGAUUUGUUUUAUUUCGCAGGUGUGGAUUUGGUUUAGGUGUUGCCCUGAGAUGAGGAACCCAUCUAUCCGAGAGUAGGAGUUGUGGACGUGUGAGAAAUGGGUAAAUGUUUUUUCCCCCGGGUGUGUGGUUCUCCAUGCAUCAUAGAAAUGAUGUUUGUGUAUGAGUUUCUGCAGGGCUUUGCAUUGUCUGUUCAGGGGGCGUUGUCGUGAUAGUGUGGUGUCUGCUAUGGGGUCUAUGAUGUGGUUGAAAUCGCCACAGAUUAUCGUAAUUCCCUGUUGUAUAGCGCUUGUUUUUUUGAGAAUGCUCUGUAGGAAAUUUCGCUGGUUUGUGUUGGGUGUGUAGACGUUGAGUAUUGUGUAGGUCAUAUCGUUUAUUUUGCCCUGUAGAAGGACAUACCUGCCAUUGUUGUCUGUUUCAUGGUGUUGUGGUUCAAAUUUUAUGUGUUUGCUUAAUAGGAUAGAGGCGCCUCUAGAUUUAGUAGGUGACGUGGCGUGGUAUUGGUGUGGAAAUUGCAUUGUUUGAAUAGUGGGGUGAUCCAUAUGUCUAAAAUGUGUCUCCUGGAGACAUACGAUAUCCGCGUUUAGGGACUUGAGCUCUCUGUGUAACAUAUGUCUUUAAGCGGGGGUAUUCAAUCCCCGUACGUUGUAUGUACAGAUCCUCACGGUGGUUUCUUAUUGUGUAGUGGGCUAUAGUAUUUUGUGAUGUGUGUUUCGUCAAGGGACAGCACUCCUCCCAGCUUCAGCAAGCCGAGUGCUGACGUCCCGUUUUUGGUUUGGGUGCUGAUGUCCCGUAGAGCUUGUGGGGUAGGUUCGUGUCUAAGGGGGAUGAGAACCAGUAGUGUGGUAUGCGAGAGAAGUAUUUGUGCGGGGUUCCCUGUGGUGUGCCCCUCUGAGGGUUUGAUUUGGAUACCAGUAACUGAACAAAAUAUACAAUGCAUAACAGUAACAUAACAACAAAAGUAUAUACAAAUAACAAUUCUGCCUGAGGUGUGGCUGGGCACUGCAUCGACGUGCCUUGGGGUUGAAGCUAAGCUUCUCGGUCUGGUAUACCUCCCUGCUUGUGGCUUCUCUUAACCUUGGUUAGUGACUGUAACGCCCUGUGUGGGUCUGUUGCUUUUCGUCGCUACCCGAAAUUUUUUUUGUUUUUAUUUCUUUCUGAGUCAGUGGGAUAGUGGGUAUUUUACCAGCGGGGUGUUUCUAAUGGACUUCUUGUCGGUAGGGUAUGGGUCUCUAGUCUACUUGUGGGUUGGAUACUGGUUGCAUAUCAUUCUUGUCCUCUCUCAAAUUACCCAGUGGUGUCAUAGGCUUUGUUGGGGAUCUGAGCCUUCUAACUAAGGCCUCCCUCUCCCCCCCCUUUUUUUAAUUUUUUUUAUUUCUCUCCCUCUCUCUCUCGUAGGGGUAGUGGCCCUUCAAUGUCACGCAUUCAAUAUCUACCCUAUAUGUUAUCUUUACAGUUCCAUUACUUUACCCAUCCCUGGUUUCAGACCGACUCUGUCUCUGCGAGGGUGUUCACCCCUGGUUCAGGAAAGUCUUUGUUCAUUUUCUUUUAGGCUUUCUCCAGUCUGGGGAGAGUCGCGGUGCGCCCGUCUCUGUGGUCGCCGUAGCCGGUAUUGCGAUGUCCCAGGUCUGCAAAAUGUUUUGUCCGUCUUCUGGGGUCUGGAUGGCCGUGAUUUUCCCAUUUCUGUUAACCAAUACUUUGGUUGGGUAUACCCAGUGGUACGGAAGGUGAUGGUCUCAUGGUCUCAUAGGGUCCGGGUGAUGUCCCUGAAGUCUCUGCGGCGUUUCAAGGUGAAGGCCGAGAUGUCAGCGUAUAGUGCGAUAUGUUUGUAUGGGUCUGGUAGGCCUUUGUGCGUUCUGUUGGCAUUCAGGACUGCUUCUUUGGCGUGGAAGUAGUGCAUGCGAAGCAGAACAUCACGAGGUGUCUCUGGGGGUAAAAAACUUGGUUUUGCCAUACGGUGGAUUCUAUCAAUCAGCAACAUCUCUUGAGGCCAGUCUGGCAGUAGGUGUCUCAGGAGGCCUGUUACAUGGGCCAUGAGGUCAGGAACACUCACUGUUUCUGGUAUGCCUCGUAUGCGGAGGUUAUUUCUCCGUGCGCAUCCGUCUGCCAUGUCCUCAUCUUGGGUCAGCUCGUGUGGCGGCUGGCUUUUGGCUUGCCCGGCUCUGGAGACAAAGAAGUUGGUUUUCUCAGCUCUCUCCUUGUUCCUCUUCCCCUUAGGUUGCGACAUUCCUGCUUGUGCGGCCGAUUUCGGGCUUAAUUACUCCUUUGAAGCCAGUCGCGGAGCCGCUAGUGCAUGCGACCGCUCCGGUUCGCCUCCAGGCCACGCCCCCCCAGGCAAAGAUUUUUGAAUCCUUUUUGAAUAUAGGAAUCACAUCUGCCUUUCUCCAAUCCUCCAGUACAAUUCAUUAAAGAAAGGUAUCCUGAAAGAAUCUCUUAUUUUCCAAACUAAGCUCUUUAAGUACUUGUGGGGGAAUAUCAUCUCGCCCUGUGUCUUUGUUUACAUUCAUUUUCUUUAGUUGAAACAGCAGUUUGUCUUAAAGCAUCCAGUGGCAUAUUUUCUUAAAAGUUUUUGCAGCAAUGUUUUUGCAGCAAUGUUUUUGCAUAACUCUUGCCAAAUGUUCUUCCUUGAUAUAUACUGAAGAAAAAUAAUUAUUUAAAAUGUCUUCCCUUUCCUGAUCUUCAUUUACCAACUAUCCAAACAAAAUGGAGGCUCUAGUUUCAUUCCAAUGGCCAUUUGAAUAUAUAAGAUCACCUGCCACGUCAAGGCAAGCCUCAAAAGGUGAGUCCUACACUAGCCAUUAGAUUUGCUGAUAUCAGCCAAGAAUCUCUAAUAAGACAGGAAGGGGUAUUUUAUAAACCCUUUCACAUUUAACCCUAUAUAGGGCUUCUACACAUACAAUAAACUUUGCUGGUAUCAGACAAAGGUAAACAUAUGUAAACCCCUACAAACUUAUUACCCCUAAAUAAGGCUAUAACACAUACAAAUCACCUUGCUGGUAUCAGCCAAAAGGUAAAUUUCUCUAUUUUCUUAACAGAGCAAACAUGGGGUGGCUAUGUAAUAUUGCUGCCAGUCACCCCAUGUUUGCUCUAUUAAGAGUUUAUAAGUAUGUAGGAGCAGCACCUUUCAGUCUCAACAGAGAAAUUUGCCUUUUAGCUGAUACCAGCAAGGUGAUUAGAAUGUGUUAUAGCCCUAUUUAGGGUUAAUAAGUAUGUAGGGGGUUUAUAAAACACCCCUUCAUGUCUCAUUAGAGACGUUUAGCUUUGUCUGAUACCUGCAAAGUUUAUUGUAUGUGUAAAAGCCAUAUAGAUAAGGGGUUAAAUGUUAAAGGGUUUAUAAACACAGCAGUAGAUUACAUAACAGUUAUCUGAGAUUUUAAAAUGAGAUAAGAGGAGAGUAAGAUCGAUACAUAAAAAAAAAAAAAAAAAAAUUCCCAUCAUGUUUAAACACAAGACAUUUUUCAAUCUGUCACUUUUUUAUUUUUUUAAGACUUUUGUGCCCCUCUCCCCUCCACUAGUUUUAAAUCCUCUCCAACCUUCUAGCCAUCCUUUUUCCCUAGCACAGCGACCCUCUACUGCUUGUAGUGCAUCACGGCUAUAGAGAUUGUGUCCAAGAGAAAAGACAGCCCUGUGCAUUCAAUAAAUCAUAUAUCACAAAUUACAUAAUAUAUUCAAUGUUAAUUUUCUAAAUACACUCCCCUCACCUAUGUUCCAGCACUGUCAUCUUCAGAGCUUUUUGGGUGGUACACUUCAUGUAACAGCCACCUCCGGUCUGUCCUUCACUUCUCCUGUAGUCUUCUUUAGUUUGCCCUGCUUAGGAAUGCUUCUCCAAGCAGAGCAAAUGUCUGUGACACAGGCAUGAGAUACUUCAUCGUUAGUGCUAGCAGCUCCAGCUUUGGAAUUUAUAUAGCAAUCGCAGCGCAUGCAUUUUGGUUGCUUUUCUUGCUAUGCUAAGGAGAGCAGAAAGACUGUCUGCUCAAUUUUAUUAGUCAAAUCUUUGGCAUAGUCUAUGUCAAAGGUUUGACUGGGAAGUGCGGGAAAGACAUGUUUUUUUUUUAAAGGAACUAAUAUCAAGAAUACAAACAUGUAUUCCUGACACUAUAGGGCUGGUGUGGCUAUUUAAGGUCAUCCCCCCCAUGCAGAUCGCGCUGAAAAGGUGAUUUUACUCACCAUUUCUUCCACCCUGUACCAGUCUUUCUGUGGCUGACCCUGCCUGGUUCCACCUCCAUGGCUGAUAUCAUCAAUCUUGAUGAUUUCAGCCAGUCCAAUGCGUUCCCAUAGGAAAGCAUUGAGGGGCUAUUGCACAGGUAUGGCAAAACGCUGCACUGCUACUCGGCUCCAAACUACAGAAACUCAACUACAAACUCCUGACAGGCUGGUAUAGGACCCCUGCCCAGCUAUAUUGCAUGGGCGUUGUGCCGAAUGUGCUGGCGAUACAAUGCCACAGAUUGCACAGGCCUCCACAUAUGGUGGUCAUGCCCGCCAAUUGCUGCUUUCUGGCAACAGAUACAUUGCAAACUCACAGACAUCCUAGACUCAGAUGUACCUAUGCAACCCCUCCCUAUGCUGCUUAUACCAAGAUGCAGAUUGCGGCCUAUAAGAAAUUCCUCAUGCGACACUUCCUAAAUGCCACAAAAAACUUAAUCCCAGAUGGAAAUCAAAAGACAUCCCUACCAUCACACAAUGCACGGAAAAAGUCAUGGAGAUCUAAGAGAUGGAGUCCCUCACGGCCGAACGGCGAGGCACAGUAGAGCACUGGACCCUAUUAUGGGCCACCUGGAUAGAAUACAUGGCCUGCCGGGCGGGGGAGCAAGCAGUGCGGGGAGCCGACGAACUCCCAGCCCUACCUGCGCAUGCAGCCCACCUGGGGCCUGGCGGAGAGGCGGUGUAAGGAUGCUCAUGGCUCUCCGCAUCAUUGGCAUGAAUCCAACCCCACUCCUUCCUUCCACUUCUACUCCUGAGCUGAGGGAGCGCGAGGGAGACGGGCACUAUAGAGAGCUAUAUUGCGCAAGAAAACAACUUUGUUUUCCUUACACUAUAGUUUGCCUUUAAACUCAGACCAUUGCCAAAGAUAAUGAUCCCAUAAGAAAGAGCAGUCUCUACCUUUUAUUAUGUGUACCUAAAAAAACAAAAACAAAAAAAAAACUGUAAAUUGUCAAAAGGGGAAUUUCAAUUUUUUGUGCAGAAAUAGAAAGUCACAAAACAUUUUGAUUUAUUUAUUUUUCCCUUCAAAACUAAAGAGAUGUGAAUGUAGAGUGAAAUACAGCAUGUAUAUGAAGCCUAAAUAUUUCAAAUGCACUUAAAUGGUGGUGUUGCCUGGAGUGUCAUUUCAAAGACAAAGUGACAAAGGUCACGCUCCUCUUAAGAAAAAAAAUAGUACACUGUGAUGUUUAACAGGAAACUAAAGUGAAUAUAAAAAAUAAAAGCAAAAUAGAGGGACAAAAAAAAGAAUAUGAAAACAGAACAUGUAAACUAGACCUUGCAGCAUUAGCUAUUGAGCAUACUGUAGACUUGGAGGAGCAGAGCAUGUUCACAGGUGUAUCCAAGUUCAAGAUGCCACAGGCAUUAAGUGUGUAUAUAUGUGUGUAUGUAUGUAUGUAUGUGUGUAUAUAUAUAUAUAUACACAUACAUACACUGUCUAAGUGUAUUUUAUUAUUAAUAUAUAUAAUUAUAUAUGUAUAAUUUUAAAAUAAAUAUGUAAAUAUGUUAAAAAAUAAUAUAAAAUAAAUUUUAAAAAAUAUAUGUGUAAUUUCGUUCUAACUGUAUUUUGAUAUUAAUACAUAUAGGUGUGCUCAGUGAAGUCUCCCAUGUGUAACAGUAACCCUCAUGUACAGGUUUUAUAGUGUUUUCAAAAGUUACAGAGUCAAAUAUAAUGCUUGCAUGCUUUUUGACCCUGUAACUUCCCAAAACACCAUAAAACCUGUUCAUAGGGGGUACUGUUUUACACGUGAGACAUCGCUGAAUACAAAUAUGUGUACUUUAUUGCAGUAAAAGCAAACAGUAUUAUGAAAUUCACAGUUAAAAUGUCACAUAGAACUAAAAAAAUCAUUUAUCUUCUCCCAUUUUUUAAAAAUAUUUUAUUCAUAUUAAAUUAUGUUUCAUAGCUAAAUAUUUGAUGUUAAAUGAAAGCCCUGUUUCCCCUGAAUAUAAUGGUAUAUAAUAAAUGUGGGUGCACUUAAUAUGAAAGAGGUGAAUUACGGUUGAACAGACAUAUAGUCAAAUUCCAGGAUUGGUUUACAUUUUGUUUUGAUCGCAACGUGUACAUUUUAGGGAUCGACCGAUAUUGAUUUUUUUAGAGCCGAUACCGAUAAAGAUCAUCUGUGAACUUUCAGGCCGAUAACUUGCCGAUAUUCUGUGCAUUUACAAUUUUGAAAAAUUAAACUAUUCUAAAGGUAAAUGCACAAAAUAUACAUGCAGUGGAUGCAGCGUGUUUAGACAGGGGAGCUGUGUGUAUUUGUGUAGUGUGUAUAUAAUGAAUGCAGGGUGUGUUUGUGUAGUGUGUAUAGUUAAUUCAGUGACUGUGUUGUGUGUGUGUGUGUGUGUGUGUAUAUAAUGAAUGCAGAGUGUGUGUGUUUGUGUAGUGUGUGUAUAGUGAAUGCAGGGUGUGUGUAGUGUGGGUAUAGCGAACGCAGUGUGUGUAAUGUGUGUAUAGUGAAUGUAGUGUGUGUAAAGUGAAUGCAGUGUGUUUGUAUAGUGUGUGUAUAUAAUGAAUACAGUGUGUAGUGUGGUUACAUGUAGUCUUGUGAAUACCACAACAGAUUUAGCAAGCGAUUCAUAUUAGAAGUUAGAUAUAGCUUUGACAUGGCAUAUGAAGGAACUGCACAAUUUUUUAAAAAAGUAAGAUCAGGCAGAACAAUAAACAGAAUGGUCAAUAUAUCAGUCUGGAGUCAUGUAGCAGCGGUCUGGUUAUUCUGACUGACGAUAUUAUAAGACAUUUAAUGACAGGCUAAACAUAUUUAACUGAACUGAAGGGGAUUUCAGGCAGGCUUUCUAACUGUGGGAUAUUGGGUGUGGGUGAGUGGAAAAUAUGGCUGGUAAAUCGUUUAUGGCUGUACUAGUGGGGAGAUCCUCGGUGCAAAUUUCUAAGUAGAGGGUGCAGCCUAAGUGUAAGCCAUACAGUAUUUUUAUGCAUCGUAUUAUUUAGCAAGUUUAGCUGACACACAUUUAGUAAUAGCACUCUAGAGUGGUUGUGGUUUGUGGGUCUAUUCUCCAGAUUUUGGGCUGCAGUGGUAAUAGGAGUGACUAAGGAGAAAAGGAAAGUAAAAGAAAGGAUAAAUUAAUAGAACAGGAACAGAAAUGUGUGUUGGUGCAAGCAAAGGGGGAAAACAGCACAGUAGGAUACAAUGCCCGCAGGAUAUUCAGAUUAUUUUUAAUAUUUUGAUUUUUUUUGUCCCUGCUUGUUACCUGGACAGGGAGGGGGGGCUAUGGCAUUCCCUGGUGGUCAGGUGGCAUUGAUGUGCAGUGGGGGCCGGCUUACGUUCCUAGCUGCUCCCUGUGUAAAUGUUGCGGUCUGCGUGCCGCGCAGAGCGUUGCCACGGUAACCCGCGGCAACGCUCUGACGGCCGCGGGUCUCGCGAGAUUUACACAGGGAGCUGCUGGGAAGGAAAGUAAAUGCUUGCUGCCGGCCCCCCCAGGACCACCGGGCUUGUAAUGGGCCCGGCGGUCCUGGUAUGUAUUAUCGGCAAUAUCUGUAUCUUUAUUGGCUGAUACCGAUAUUGCCGAAAAUACCGGCCGAUAAUAUCGGUAAAACAAAUAAUCUGUCGAUCCCUAGUACAUUUGGCUCAGUCCUUAAAGGACCACGCUAGGCACCCAGACCACUUCAGCUUAAUGAAGUGGUCUGGGUGCCAGGUCCUUCUAGGGUUAACCCAUUUUUUCAUAAUUAUAGCAGUUUCAGAGAAACUGCUAUAAUUAUGAAUGGGUUAAGCCUUCCCCCUAAUCCUCUAGUGGCUGUCUCAUUGACAGCCACUAGAGGCGCUUGCGUGCUUCUCACUGUGAUUUUCACAGUGAGAGCACGCCAGCGUCCAUAGGAAAGCAUUGUAAAUGCUUUCCUAUGAGACCGGCUGAAUGCGCGCGCAGCUCUUGCCGCGCGUGCGCAUUCAGCGGCGGGGCGUAACGGAGGCGGAGAGGAGGAGGAGAGCUCUCCGCCCAGCGCUGGAAAAAGGUAAGUUUUUACCCUUUCCCCCUUCCAGAGCCGGGCGGGAGGGGGUCCCUGAGGGUGGGGGCACCCUCAGGGCACUAUAGUGCCAGGAAAACGAGUAUGUUUUCCUGGCACUAUAGUGGUCCUUUAAGAGGGUAAUGUUUUGGUGUAAGAAAGCUUUGGGGCAAAGUCAUCCUCCGGUUCAAGUUCUGAGGAAGGAUAUGUGUUAAAUGGUCAGGUUAGCUAUGACUUACUGGCAAUUAAGUGAUGGUGAAAGUUAAAAGUUUAUGUAAAUAUGUUACCGUUAUCAAGUUAUGGUGGUAUGCCCCUUUUAAGCGUUAAAAGCAUAGCCCAUUGAAAUAUAAAUAAAACUGUGUUUAUUGUGUGGUCUAAGUUAUUUAUGCAAAAUAUUGCCUACCAUACAUAUUUUUUUGUACAGUUUGCCAUUCUUGUUUUUUUUAAUCUGGAAUCUGUCCAUUUUUUGUUCUCUCUAGGAAAUAGUAGUAUUCACACUACAAAAUUUUGAAAGUAAUUAUACUCUGAAUUUAUGGAUGCUCCUACCUUUAUGGUGGUAUUUAACUAUGUACCACUGUUUAGCAUCAGAAAAAAAAUAUAGUGUUGGGAUGUGUUUUUAAAGUGAAUAUCUGUUUACUGUCAGUUUAGAUAAAUUGGGCCACUCCCUUUUAAAUGCAGUUUUGUAUUUUUAUUAUUUAGGCAAAAUGCCUCAAUUGUCUUCCCAAAGAAAAGAUUAGUUCAUAAUCCUCACAAAGUUCAAUACUGCUUUGUAAUUGUUAGCAAUCAGCUUCUGGUGAUUAACCCUCGUUUACUCUGCAGAAAGAAUACUUCAAGCAAUAUGAGGUGGGGCUGCAGAACCUUUGUAAUUCUUACCAGAACCGUGCAGAUAGCCGUGCUAAAGCUUCAGAAGAGAAUCUUCGAACCACAGAAAAAAAGCUUAGAGAAGCAGAAGAGAAACUGCAAAAACUGAGGACCAACAUUGUUUCCCUAUUACAGAAAGUACAGGAGGUAUGGGGAAAUGCAAUUGAAUUUGACUUGGAACUUUGAACCAAUGCCAGUUGAGCGCAGUGACAUUAUUUUUUUAUGUUUACAUAAGUAUGUUUUAUUUGUUAUGGAUACUAUUUUAUGUUUUUAGGUGAAGGAAUAAAGAUUAACAAAGAGUAAUUUAAAAGGAAGGAUGAUUGUGUGAUAGUUUUUUUUUCUGUUUAGAAGAGAUUACUCCAUCGUGUUUUUUUUGUUUUUGUUUUUUCAUUUUAUCUACUAAUGGAUGGUUUUGUAACACAAUAGUCCUCUCUGUUGAUUUGGAAAUGUUAAGAUUUUAUCCACUUGUGUUUCAGAGACAUAUAGAAAAAUAAUAUGGCAUAAUUAUGCUCCUGAAACGUGUAUCUUCCCUAGGCUAAUUAGAAACAACUAUUUGUUGCCAUGUUUGCAAAUUGGUUAAAUGAACAGACAUCCAAAUGGUUGCACAGUGUUAUCAAUCUACAUAUCAAAAUCAGAAAAUUGAAAGGGUCUCACCAAGCACCAUAACCACUACAGAGAGUGUAAUGGAAGGUCCUAACUGGAGCUUCCAGCAUUCCCUUUCACCUGCAGAGAUGCGGGUGGUGGCAUCUAAAAUAGUUUGACUACUUACAAGUGUAGGGCACUCCUGGCAUCAAAACCAUUACAGUGCACUGUAGUGGUUAUGGCACUUGGCGUUUUGCUUUAAUUAAAACAGGGAAUAUAAGAUGUCGUCUAAAGAUUUGUUUUUAACACUUUUUAAGUCAAAAAAAUGAAAACUCUAUUUGCACUUAUUUUGCCACGGUGACGCUCUGCUCAACUUGGGUAUAGAGACCGUCUCUCAUGUGUUUAUCCCUCAUUUAUUGGAUUUAAUUGCAUGAUGUAAAACUGUCAUGGAAUACUACCUUUAACUGAAAUUUCCCCCCCUUAGGUAAUUAAUGUAUCAUUUAUUAGUAAAGUCAUAUAUUCAGUUAAAUUUUUUUAUUUUUUUUUAAAUAGAUAUUAACCCUACUUGCUUUUUUGUCCAGCAUCGGCAUGUCCAUAGCUCUGUGGGUGUUACAUUAUCUUAACAACCAUCUCUGAUCACACAUGGUCGUUUUUGGUUUUUUGCCCUGCUUGGAGACAUUUUUUUCAGGCAUCAAAUCCAUCCUCAUGACACCAACACGAUAUCUUCAUUGCCAGCAAUUCAGCAUCUGAAUGGAGUAACAUCUGUGCCAAAAUGCUCUUUGACACAAAAUGAUGGUCCCCCAGGCAUAAGGCUUGGACUCUUGCUCAGGAUAUUGCAUUAAGAAUAUCAAUUCCAUCCAUAUUUAGAUGGAAUUCACUGGUAGAGAAAGUCAGGUUACAUGCUCAGCUACUAAGAAUUAGCCAACCUGAAACAUUACCAUCCAAUUCCAGUUAUUAAGGUUAUGAUUCAGCUUGUUUUGGAAGCAGCUAGAGACUAUAGCUUGAAUUUUAUUUAAUUUUUGCUAGCGUUUAGUAUUCCUUUUUAUUUUAUUUUUUCAAUAUCUAUUUAAACAUUGAUACAUUUGUGUUUAUAUCCUUAUAUUUGUAUCUUAGCAGUGAGAAGGACUUUUAAACAGCAACAGCAUGUGGUUUUAUUGAAGCAUUCCAUUUACCAUGCUGAUCUCAACGUAAAGUUUCUUUGAAUCCAUGCUCUAGAGCAACCGGUCUAGUGUUGUACCUUGUAUUAACUGUCUGCAGCUCUAGUUAGUCUGUACAACAUUCCACAGUGACACUAGUCAAUGUAAAUUGUAACCUCUUCCUCCUCCCCCUUAUUCUAGGAUAUAGAUAUAAAUACAGAUGAUGAGCUGGAUGCUUAUAUUGAAGACCUGAUUACAAGAGGAGACUAAAUAGAUCAUAUACAGAUGUUGGCCAAGAAAACCUUGGAAGAACAGAAUUGAGAGAAGACCUGGAGGGGCCAGCCCCAAAUCACUUAUGGGGCAGAAGUGGAUUAUGAUGUCAAUGUUUUGAUGUAAUGUUUUCUGUGGUUUUUAUAUACCAGGCAUGUGCUGUUCCAAGGAAAGUUUUAAACAUUGUAGUUCUGAACUCAUUUCUUUGUUUAUAAAUAUUUAUUUUUUAAAGGAAAGCAAUGCUCUGAGUGGUUUGUUUUGUGAACAUGUAGUUCCUGACAAUGCAGGCUGCAUAAAAGUAAAUUUCUGAUCCGAAAAUCAAAACUUUUAAUAUGCUGAUAAUUUCUGUUGCAUUGAUUUAAAGUAUAAUCAAGGGCGUUACCAUCACUGAUGGCAGGUUUAUUUAACCCAUUCAGAGCAAGUAGUGUCACAGUACCAAGUACUGAUUUUCAUCAGUCUUCCAUAAGCCAAUUAAUUUGACCAUAACUGUAUAUUAUUGGUUUCUUAGCACAAACUGCUUUUUUGUGAGGACAAUGGUUCAGGUGUAGG